UGUUAAAGAGCAAGGGGAGAAAAAAGCAAAUGUAUAUCUUUACUAUCUUUCUUAUGAGCAUGUUGAUUUCUGGGUUAUAAAUCACCUACUCCUGAGGCUUGAAUUUUACCUUCCUUUUGUUCUAUGUGGAUAUUUCAUCAUAUUUAUGUGGAUAUUUCAUUUUAUAGGCAUAUACAGACAAGUGCCAUUUUGAUGACAUAACUGGAUGAAAUAUUAAGCAGUGUCUGUAUGGUUGGUGGUUGGAACUUGAUGAUCGGGGUCCUUUCCAACCCAAGCCAUUCAAUGAUUCUGUGGUACAAAUCUUUUAGAUUGGAUGACUUGUACAAUUGUUUGGCUAAGAUUUUAGCAUUUUUUAAUGAGAAGUUGCUGGAAAUAUUUUAAAAGCAAGUUGGGAAGGAGUGGUUGCCUUGAUCCUUACAAUGGUAAAUGAAUAGAUGAAGUUGGCCUCUCAGGGUAUUUUCUAGCCCUGCAAAUCUCUUGCAAGAUAUAAUAAAAUAAUGCACAUUCUUAACUUAUUUAACUGAGAGCAGGAGUCAUCCCAAUUGUGCUGCAGAUCUGCAUGCUAAUCCAUAUGCAGAUCAGUCAGUAGUUGGAGAGCAAGAAGAACAUUAUUGGUUGUGUUAAAAUCUGACUUGCUCUGAAUGCGGCUAGAGAACUAAUGCUAUAAAUACUUAAUGUCUUAAUUCAGUUUUGGUCUUUAGCAAUCAUCUCUCCUCCCUCUGAAGCACAGCAACAGAAAUUAAGUUUAAUAAUUAACAUUUUAGAAUUUAUCUGAAGGUCUGCUUUUCAUCUAAAAUAAUAGUUACAGCUUUGCCAGUGUGAUUUCUCAUUAAAUUCUUUUCAAACUUUUUUUUUUUGGUAGCAAAAAAAUAUUGUAGUAGUUAGGAAAUUGAAGUCAGACUUAGAUCUUUGUAAAUUGCCCUUGAUUUAUCAGAAACUAGCUCAAUUACAAGGCAACAGAAAGAGACAUUUUAUCCAAAUCACAGUUGUACAAGCAGAAGUAAGGCUCCAAUAUACUGGAGAAAAGUCAGUUUUCCACAGUAAAAAAUGUUCACAAAAUAAAGGUUGAAUUUUCUUGAUGCCAAAAAAAACCAACCACCAUCAAAACCCGAAACACCCUAUUUCUCACGGAGAGUAACGGAUAAGGUAAGGAGAUCAUGAAACUGUAAAGGUUUCAUAGCAACCCAGUUAAGAAUUUUAUUUUCUUUGUUCUCACUUUUUUUUUUUUGUUGUCAGCAUUAGCUGUAAGUGCUGUCAACUUCCAUAGGAGUCUAAUUGAAAAAAAGAUGAAAGGAUCAAAGAAUUGUUUUAUUUAGAAUUUUUAUCCACUUGAGACUAAAGGAAGGUUGCAUUGUUGCUAUAGGUGACACUUGGAUCAGGAAGAUGAGCAGAAGACACACAGCACAGCUGCUUUUGGAGAGGAUGGCAAAAGUUGAAUCUGACUUAUUAAGAAUAGAAUAGCUUCAGUUGGCUGGGAACUACAAAGAUAAAGUCCAAGUAUCAAUAUGGGUGCCUAGCAGGAACUUGGUGCUGCCAAUUCUGUUUUAAUCCCAGGUACUUACAGGCAGAAUUGAGUAGGAGUGAAUGACUGGACUCAUCUGGUGUCACUGGGAUAUUCCUUUAUUUUCUUCAUGUAGUGCGUGGCUCAUGCUUUGUUCUAGUUGGCUUGUUUGCUGCCGAGGAGCAUUUGGGAAUGCUCUGUGAGGGUCCCCAUCUCUCAACACAAGGCUUUAAACCCCACACUCCUGUACAUUCAUGACUGAUCUUGAUAAAAAAAGCAGGAGUUUGUCCCAAACGUUCUCCCCAUGUGCUGUAGCUAGCUUCUUCCAAGGCUGCAUGAAAGUGUGCUGUGUUUGUGAAUAUUGCUUCUCUUCUCAGAGAAAUGUGAUGAUCAGCAUCUUUUGCUGUCAUGUUAGAGGUAGCAAACCACCUAAAUCUCUCAGAAUUGCCUAGUCCCUUUGUGGGAAAACAGAGUAUUGCUUCAGAUUAGCAGAGGUUUUUCUGUUCAUAAAAUAAAUAAAAGAAAAAGUAAAGCAAUUCACGGACAAAUCCCUGGUAUUCUGAGAUAUUUUUGAUGAAUAUGUGAAUCAGAUAUUUAUUGAUUGUUCUAAAUAUUGUAAGUAUGACACCUUGGAGAAUUCUUCCUAGGAAGAAUAAUUAUUCAAGACAUUAAAAAUUUAUGUGUUCUGACCUUCUAGACUGGUUGCCAGGUAUGAUUCAAGUAGAUGUAAUUUCUAUGCCAACUCCUUACCUGAGCUCAAUUCAAUUGCAUGCAUGCUUCAAAGAACAGAUUUUUGGCAAUUAGAUGUGGACUGAUUUUAUUCCAGGGCCUUGAGCCUGAGAACUGCUCAAAAAGACAUUUAUCUGUAUAGUUUUCAAGGACGUGGCUGAAAUAAAACGUUGUUCUGCUUAAUUCAUCUUUCUCAAUGGACUUUUACACUGAAAUUUCAAAAAAAAAAAAAGCUGCUAAUGUUCAAUUGCAUAAGCACUCUCCUAGUCUAUCAAUAAAUUUUAGGGGACUUUUUCCCCUUUUCUUUCUUUUAUACCUUCCAUGAGCAUUUCUUUGCUGCAAGUUGUGAUUAAAAGCUCAGAAACAGAAAUGGGCCCAGCUGCCCGUGGCCUCUUUCUCAUAUGGUUGUGAGCUUUAUCCACGAUUCCUUUGCUGGAGGCCAUCACCUCCCGAGUGGUAAGUGUCUGCAGUAAGCAUCUUCAACGCAACGAGCAGAUGUGUGUAAUAACCACCUAAUGUUUUGCUAGGUUUUGCAAUGGAACAGGUAUGGUUACUGCUCCUGCUGACGAUUAAAGUGCUUUCGGUGACUGCUCAGUUCAACGGCUACAACUGUGAUGCUAACCUCCAUAGCAGGUUUCCUGCUGAACGAGAUAUCAAUGUUUUCUGUGGAGUACAGACGAUUACUAUGAAGAUAAAUUUUUGCACAGUUCUUUUCUCUGGUUAUUCUGAAACAGAUCUGGCACUGAAUGGGAAGCAUGGGGAUGCUCACUGCAGGGGGUUUAUCAAUAACAACACCUUUCCAGCAGUGGUCAUUUUUAUCAUCAAUCUGAGUACUUUGGAAUCCUGUGGAAACACUUUAGUGGUGUCCUCAGCUCGAGGUGUCAAUGCUUAUGGGAAUAUCUCAGUGGUACAGAUAGGUAAUGUUUCGGGCUAUAUAGAUACACCAGACCCACCAACUAUUAUCAGCUAUUUACCUGGGCUUCUGUACAAAUUUAGCUGUAGCUAUCCUCUGGAGUACCUGGUUAACAAUACCCAGCUUGCUUCGUCAUCAGCUGCUAUUUCUGUAAGGGAGAACAAUGGUACAUUUAUCAGCACUUUGAAUUUGUUGCUUUACAAUGACUCAACCUACAGCCAGCAGCUCCUCAUCCCAAGUGCAGGUUUACCUUUGAAAACUAAAAUAUAUGCAGCUGUGAGAGCAACCAACCUUGAUGGCAGGUGGAAUGUUUUGAUGGACUACUGUUACACUACACCAUCUGGUAAUCCAAGUGAUGAUCUUCGAUAUGAUCUUUUCUUCAGCUGUGACAAGGACCCUCAGACAACUAUCAUUGAAAAUGGCAAGAGUCAAAUGGGACGGUUUUCAUUCGAGGUAUUCCGCUUUGUGAAGCACAAGAACCAGAAGAUGUCUACGGUCUUCCUCCACUGCGUGACAAAGCUGUGCAGAGCAGAUGACUGUCCCUUUCUUGUGCCAAUUUGCAGUCACAGAGAAAGAAGAGAUGCUGGUAGCAGAACAACUUGGAGGCCUCAGAGCACCUCUGGCAACGCUGUGAUCACUGCUGGCCCCAUCAUUACAAGGAGUGAUGAGACACCAACCAACAACUCGCAGCUUGCUCAACAUGGACCUCCUUUCCAGCUGAAUUCAGUCACCAGUGCACUGAUUUCAGGUGUGGUUAUCCUCGGAAUCACAAGUGUUUUCUUUUUUGUGUGUUCCCUAACUCUUCUGCACAGAAAUUGGCCCAACAACUCGGUCUUGAGUGGCAUCCGAAACCCAGUUUUUAACUGAAAGUGAUUUACUUGCACUUUUUGUUUGAGGUUGCCUUUCUUGUUCAUGAAAUACGCUUCCACUAAAAAAAA